AUGGACUCAGAGUACAUAAAAAAACACCUGGGACACUGUUUGGCUGAGGGUCUUGCUGAAGUGGCUGAGCAGCGUCCUGAUGACCCAAUCCUGUACCUGGCUCAUUGGCUUUACAAAUACAAGGCCAAUGAGAGAUAUGAGGAACAGAAAAAGGCUGAGGUGGCUCAGAUGGAAGGAGAUUUGGCCAAAGCCAGAGAAGAAGCAGCACGCCAGCAGAAGCUACAGGAGGAGGAGAGGCGAAUCAAUGAGGAAUUUGAAAAGUCUGAACAGCAGUUACAAGAGACAACCGAAGUGCCCGACAUACCUGCCCCUGAUGCACAAAUAGAAGAGACGGAAGAAAAAACCUUGAUGGAAGAUGGCACAACAUUUAACCAUGACUCAAAAGAUCAACCCGACCAAAACAAAGUGAAAUCAGAGACUGACAAAGAUGCAACGGAGGUGACCUCUACAGAAACUGAAAACAGACCGCAAUCAGCUCCAGAAGGGGGCACCACAACCCCGGAUUUAACUGUGGAAGCUGCAGAGACUGAGACUCAAGAACAACCCAAAGAAGACCAGACAAAUGGAGAAAAUGAAGAAAAUCAAGACUGA